AUGUUUAGUAAAGCGGGAAAGGAAAAUAAGGAGGUUAUGCAGGAAUUGCAAGAAACUAUGCAGGAGUUUAAUAGUCGAAUGGAGGGGAUGGAGUCCUCAGUGGGUCAGUGUUUUGCAAUAAUACCAGAAAUGCUACAACAGCAACAUGAUACUAUGCAGUUACUACGUUCACAGAUGGUUGACCUGGAAGACCGCAGUAAUAUCCGCAUAAGAGGAAUACCAGAGGUUGAUGAGGGGGAAAAACUGAGGACGGUGGUCCAGGAAAUAUUGAACAAACUGUUGGGGAAAUUGGAAUUUAAAGAUAUGGAGAUAGACAGGUUGCAUAGGAUUCCAGGUAUCUGUAAGUUGAAUGCUACCUACCCAAGAGAUGUGCUGUGUAGGAUACAUUUCUACAGUUUGAAGGAGAAAGUAAUGCUUAAAGCGCAGAAGUACGGGAGACUGGACUAUGAAGGAGCCAAAAUAGAAAAUGUCCCUGACCUCUCCAAGCGGUCGGCUUCUGGUAUCCGGCGAAAGGGCCCACAAACCCCCGGAGAUCUUCUCAUAUAUUCUCUGGAGGAUCUGUAUGGACGUGACUUCAAGAGAUUUAAGAACAAAUUGUCUGAUUUCUCCUAUGGAGAUAAAUGUCCCAUUCCCCGAGGAAGACUAGAAAAUGCAGACUGGAUCACCACCAAGGACCUCCUGAUAGACAUAUAUGGAGAAAGAGCUCUGGAUGCCACAAUUGAAGUCUUUACACUGAUCGGUCUGAUGGGACCUGCCAAAGACCUCCAGGAUAGGAGAGCACAAAAUGUGACUGGGGAUCUGUCACUUAGAGGCGGCACAACCACCGACCAUCUUCUGAUUAAUGACAGCUUCCUCAGCCAGCUGCUGUAUGUUAACAAACAAGAUCUGGUCAAUGAUGUCACCGCGGGUGGGGGUUCUGCGGAGUACGGACUAGGAGGGCGGCGCUGCGUGACGUCACCGGCGGGGAGGCAGAGUUCCACGCCGAUCGACGGACGUCCCAGAGCCAAACUGAAGAAGACGACACAUGACAUGAGAUUAUCAGACUUCAGAAAGGAAUACAGAGAGUCUGUGGAAAAGAUGUUCCAGCGGAUUAAUGAAUAUAAUUCCCGUAUGGGAGAGGCUGUUAGUCUACAGAAAAGAUACAUCAAGUUAUUAAUGAGGAAGGGACACAAGAAGAAAGAGGAGAAAGAACAAGAAAUAAGGAGAAUAGACAGAAGACAUCUACAGAUCAUGGAGGGAAGAUCUUGUGAUGAAUACUCCCCAACCACAAUCCAGGACCUCUUUGCCCCCAAUGAAGAUGGUUUCAUCCCUGACAUUGUGGUGUUACAAGGACCUGCUGGGAUUGGAAAAACAAUGACCACCAAGAAGAUCAUGCUGGACUGGGCCUCUGGGAAUCUCUACCAAGACAACUUUAACUUUGUGUUUUAUCUGAGCUGUAGAGAACUCAACACCAUCACUGAAAACAUAAACCUUGUGGGACUUUUAUCCAGAAGCUGCAGACUGCAGUGUUCAGGUGACCUGAUGUCUAUUCUGAAGGAUCCUAGAAGUCAUAGAAAACUUCUCUUUCUAGUUGAUGGGUUUGAUGAACUGAAGUGGACUCUGGAGGAGGAAUCUGAGGUUUGUCAUAAUGUUUUUGAGGAAACCCACAAAGAAAUACUUCUCCAAAGCCUGCUCAGGAAACAGAUUGUCCAACAAUCUUCUCUGAUCAUCACCACGAGGUCCCUGGCCAUGAAGAAACUGAACAAAUUGAUAGGUGAUCCUCGCUAUGUGGAAAUCCAGGGAUUUACAAGGGAAGAUCGGGAGGAAUAUGUCCAUAAAUUCUUUGGAAAUAAAGAAGAUGCAGACAAGGCUCUCCGUACAAUAAGAGACAAUUAUAUUCUGUACACCAUGUGUGCUGUCCCCAUCACAUGCUGGAUUGUCUGCACUUUAAUAAAACAAGAAAUAAAGAAAGAUCUGGGUUUAAUUCGAUGUAAAACAAUGACCUCCAUUUACCUCCUCCACCUUAAGGUUUUACUAACCCAUCACAGCAAGAAGGACCAGCCUGUGGAUGGGAGACCUCCGGCCAUCAACACCUGUCUGAAGAAGCUGUGUUCUCUGGCCAAUGAGGGAGUUCUGAACCAGCAAAUCUUGUUUGAGGAAGAAGAUCUACAAAGACAUGGACUUUCUCUAUCUGAGGUGGAGUCUGUGUUUCUGAAUGAGAACAUCUUCCAUUGGGACAUCCACACCCAGACCUGCUACAGCUUCAUCCACCUCAGUGUACAGGAGUUCUUGGCUGCUCUGUAUUAUGGGCUGGAUGGUGGUUCUGGAACUGAAGAAAGACGGAAGGAGCCUUCCUGUCUGAAGGGAAGUGAAGGACCCUUCCCGAUCUGUGAAGGGAAAUCACUAACAGAAUUCUUCAUAGAACAUCCACAUUCAGGUUUAGCUGUGAAAUUCCUGUUCGGUCUCCUUAAUGAAAAGAUGGUGAAGACAUUCUCAGAAAUCACAGACAUCAACAUCUCACUGCCAGCCAGAUCUGUAAUAGAAGAAUGGGCCAUGGAGGACAUCGAUAAGGGAAUUGGAAUUGAUGGCAUUGUCUGUCUGUAUGAGACUCAGGAUGAGAACUUCAUAAGGAGAAUCAUAUCUCAGAGUUCACAUUUGAAGGUGGGACACUCACUGUCAAACUGCUUGGGGAGAGCCAGUAAUCAUGCCAAGCAGCUGGACUAUUGCUUGAAGACUUUGAAGAGGGAAACUUAUCUGUUUUUACAUUUUGAAGAGCUCACACUGGAUCCCGCGUGCCAGAAAUCGUUAUCUCUGUUUGUACACAGGAGUCGGAGAGUUCGGUUUUCACAUUGUACAUUUCAGAGAUGGUAUGGUGAAGAUGGAGAGUCCUCCUCCUCAGGACAUGAUGAAGAGUCCUCCUCCUCAGGAGAUGAUGAAGAGUCCUCCUCCUCAGGAGAUGAGAUGGUUCCUGAUAAUCUUUCCUUUCUGAUGAACCUGGAGAGUAAAAUUCAGGAAUUACGUUUGGAGAGAUGUGGUUUAACUUUCUCGUCCUGUGAGGUUCUCCGAUCAAUACUUAUCACUAAUCGAUCUCUCAUCAGACUGCAUUUAUCACAUAAUAAUCUGCAGGACUCUGGAAUAAAACUUCUGUGUGAGGGUCUCCAACACCCAGACUGUACCUUGCAGGAACUGAGAGUUUAUGAAUGUGGAGUGACAUUCUCGUGCUGUGAUGAUCUUUGCUGCGUUAUUACCGCAAACCGAACUCUGACCUCACUGUAUAUAACAAUGGAUGGUGAUAAGAAGAUGCCAGACUCAGAAGUGACUCGUUGUUGUGAGCUCCUCCAACAUGCCGGCUUCACUGUGCGUAGAAGAGUGGAGGAAGCUGAUUUCUGA